AUGCUUCGUCGCCGCCAAUCCACGUCCAACGAGGACGAACGUCCGCAAAAAAUACUGAGAAAGACGACGUCGGUCGACGACAAACUCCAUCGACGCGGAAGCAGCACAGACACCGAUUCGUACGACGAGCUCAGGACGCCAACGCAUCCACCCAUCAUCGACGACGGUGCUCGUGACGCUGAGGGAGAUCAGAAGGAGAAUAUUGACGAGAUUAACGGCCAAGAACGCGUUACACGCCCUACGAGACCGCUGCCCGCACGAAAGAUGGCUGCACCCUCUCAGAACUCGACAAACACGAUGAACAAUCCAUCCAUGGUACCUGUACAAGCUACAGUUCCCCGUACACCCACAGCGAAAGCGAAUACGAGGCGAUUGAUCGUAGUCCUCGAGCAAGCCUGCCUUGAGGCAUACAGAGUCUCGACUCCAUCGAGCUCGAGCUCACGAAAGACGGGAAAAUCUGGUGCUAGCAAAGAGGUCAAGUAUACGCUCCUCAACUGCGACGAUCAUCAAGGCAUCCUCGCGAAAACUGGCAGGGACAUUGCAGAUGCUCGACCUGAUAUUACCCAUCAGUGUCUCCUUACCCUCCUCGAUUCACCGCUGAAUAAGGCGGGGCUUUUACAGGUUUACAUUCAUACUGCAAAAGGCGUCCUUAUCGAAGUUAAUCCUGGCGUACGAAUUCCUCGUACGUUUAAGCGAUUCUCUGGGCUUAUGGUGCAAUUGCUCCAUAAGCUGUCUAUCAGAGGUAUAAACGGUCCAGAGAAACUGCUACAAGUGAUCAAGAAUCCAAUCACGGAUCAUCUUCCACCCAAUACGAUCAAGCUCACUCUCUCUGCCGACGUCCCGACAGUUCGUCUCUCCCAGUACCUGCCAACCCUGCCAGAGACGCAUUCUAUCGCCGUCUUUGUCGGCGCAAUGGCAAGAGGACGGGAUGAUUUCGCAGACGGCAUUGUCGACGAAAAAAUCUCCAUUAGCAACUAUACGCUCUCAGCCUCUGUCGCUUGCGGAAAGUUCUGCUGUGCCCUCGAGGAGCUUUGGGGCGUAGUCUAG